UGAAAAUGCUCGAAUAAGUUAUCGUGACUGUCAAGGAGGUCAGAAAAACCGGGGAGACAAAUGGCGGCACCAAAACCCGCUGUUUGCGCAGUGAGGGCAAAAAGCACAGCGAAAAGAGCGGACAAAUCAUCUCGACCAUGUGCUCGGAACUGGAUGGAGAGGUUGCCAGUUGAGAUCCUCAUUAAGAUCCUGUCAUACCUCGACGUUGCUGCUCUUUUCAGUCUAAGCCACGUCAACAGUCUCUUCUACGAACUCGCCAGUGACAAUGCUUUGUGGCAUAAGAUCUUCCUGAAAGAAUUUGGAGGAAAAGAAAGAAAGGACCAUCCCGAAUUUGUGCGGGACUUGUUAAAGAAGACGGCUGAUAUCCAGGAUCUUGGUGUUGGACACUGGAAGAGGCUGUAUUUCAAAACAGGAGCUGAUUAUGACAUGGACAAGUGGAAGAAAAGUCUCCGCAUUAUCAACCCCGACACUGGACUGCCAAGUAAAACAGAGCAAGUACUCAGAAACCUUCACGUGACCUGGCAGCUGACGGUGGUGGAGCGGUCACAGCAGCGGAGCACGUUGGACCUGAGCUGGCUGAAGUUCUCGAAGACCUCGGUGACUCUGUGUUGGAGCGGCGCUUUGCCCGACCUCCACAACAUCUCUGCUCUCCAGCUCCACGGGGUGAGGAGGAUCGCCCUGAGCCGUACCGGUCUGAAGCAACCAGCACAAAGAUCCCUGAUGUUGACUUUCCACGCGGCCACUGUACCCAAAAGCGCUCAAAAGCACAUCGGUCAAGACAAACUGAUCGAACUAAAGCUCCUACAGCCCGGCGUUGUUGUCGGCCUCUGGAAGGACCAGUGCUCUGUUGCCUUUGUCAUGUUGUGCCUUCACUCGCACAGGCUGGUGGAAAGUAGCACCAGGGGAUCAUCAGUCUGUCCUUUCAUCGAGCCGGCAUCCAAGCCUCCUUUUGACGACAUCGAUCCUGAAUACGGUCUCCAUGGCUACCAGCUACACAUCACUUUGCACAACAUGAAACGCGAGAUUAUGUCCGAAAGCUACGACCAACUUUUCUGCCGUAAAUCUCAGAUGUGCGACAGACUCAUGCAGCUGACUGCCAUUCACAGGAACAGGUUGUCUGAACACGCUCCUCUGUCUGGCAGCAUCACUUUUUCCUGGAGGUGUGAGGCCCUGCGUGGAACUGUGCAGAAUUGCUGCAUCAUGACGCUGACUUUACUGGAUGAGUUUAAGAUCCCGUUGUGGUACGUUAGCUCUGCGGUUUGUCUGGAGCCGGAUCAUUCAGGUCACGUUGAUUAUAACUACGAAGGGGACUGUUUUCUCAUUCAGUUUAAAGACGAGGUGGGACGGGUGAAGAUGCAUUUUGUACAUGAUGUCCAACAAGAAACUUACACAGUCACUGGUUUAGUUAUUUAUAUUACUACUUCCAAGAUCAACUCUCAUUUUGGCACAAAUUACUGAUUAAAUAAA